CGCGUAUAUUGGCAUGCCCUGUCUUGGGGGCGCGAGGCUCGUCUUCGACUUGCCGGCAGUUCCAUUCUGGCUAUCUCUGCGCCGUCCUCGCUCCUCACCGAGUUUAUUUCACGUUUCCUACUCUUGCUCCAUCGCCACCCCGACCCGUUGGCCGCCACGUCGCGCGUUCUCUAUCAUGGCGCGUCUUCGUAGCGACCUUUGAAUACACGUCAGGGCGAUGGAUGUAAGUCUCGUACAUGUUAUUCUAUGAGAGCGCAGACGUAUCUUUAACGUCGAUAAGCUAAGUCGACUUGCAGCGGAGUCUCUAAAAACUAGCCGAGCGUGGGUUUAACCAUACCUUCCUCAUCACCAUGCGCGGUGGCUUCCAAAUGGUGGUGCGUAUCCCGUACCCGCUACGAUUCCCAAGUACUUCACUGUCACUAGUGAAGUGACUACUAUGGCCUUACUCCGUUCCUCCGGGCUGCCUAUACCUGAGGUAUACGGAUACUCUCCUGCGCCG